UUGGAUCUUAGUUGGAUUUUUUCCAAGUCCUCAUCUUUUCUUCUGCAACUUUUCUUUGUGUCAAACUUGUAAAUGUCUUCAUUCUUCACACAAGUAUUAAAAGUCCAUAUCUCUCUCUCUUUAAAGGGUACUGUUCAAAAACUUCAGGAACUUGAAAUACCAUUGAGAGUUUGAGACCCUCUUUUUUUAUUUUUAAGAUUUUCUUUUUUUAGCACAAAAAAGACAACUCCAACAUAUCCAGUGGUCCUUACUUUUUACCUACCAAAAAAAAAAUAUUAUAGUGAGCUUUAUGAUGUACUGGUUAACGUUUCUCUCUCUCUCUCUUGAGGUUGAGUUCAAUGUUAUAAAGUGAGUUAGUUCUUGGGAUUUCAAGAACCCAACCAACUUCUUAGUUUCUUAGUUAUUGCCAUUCUGGUUUGAGGAAGAAGAAUUUGAGCUUUGCCCAGCUGUAACCAACAUUGACAAAAGUAACUUCGCAAGCAUAUUUUAGUUGUCCUUGUAUUUGAAGAUUGCUUCCCAACAACUCUAUAGCUUUGCUAUCUCUAAUAGAGGAAUAUCUAGUAUUCCAGGCAAAUGAUAAUUGGAGUUCAAGAUUUUUAGUUAGUUCAUACGGGCAUAUUGUGCUCCAUGAAAACAUAAUUAGAACAGCAUUUAAUUAUUGGAGAUGGAUACCAAAGAAGCAGAGAGAAUAGUCAUAGCUAAACCAGUUGCUUCAAGGCCUACUUGUUCCACUUUCAGAUCUUUCUCAGAACUUCUCGCAGGUGCCAUUAAUGCCUCACCCUCUAAUGUAUGUUCAGAAACUGCAGUUGCUGCCAUUAGACCAAAGACAGUGAGGUUUAAGCCAAUGGUGAAUCAUGUUCCAGCUGGGUUGGUUUCGUCCCAGGCUGAGAUCUCUGGAACAGCUGUUUGUAAUUCAUCUGAUAAGGUUUUGAAACUUGAUAGCAAAUCAACUGUGGUAUACAAACCUUUGGCAAAGCUUGCAUCAAAGAGAACUGUGUCUCUUUUGGCAAAUAUGGGAAACUUCAACACUAGUCUUCAACAACCCCAACCAUCAGUUGAUGCCUCUGUCCAACAUCCAAACCAAGGAAAACACAAUUUCAGACCCCAACUUAGCACAAAUCUUCAUCAGAACAAUCCAUCAUAUGUUGAAACAAAUCGGACAGUAGGGCCCUCAAAGAUAGCAUCACAGAACCUGGAGGAGGAUGCAAAAGCUUUGCCACCCACGGCUAAUGGUGAUCGACCUUCUUAUGAUGGAUAUAAUUGGAGGAAAUAUGGUCAAAAGCAAGUCAAAGGAAGUGAGUACCCAAGAAGUUAUUAUAAGUGCACACACCCAAAUUGUCCUGUGAAGAAGAAGGUUGAGAGAUCGUUGGACGGUCAGAUUGCAGAGAUUGUCUACAAGGGUGAGCACAGCCAUUCAAAGCCUCAGCCUCCCAAGCGCAACUCAUCAGGGACACAAGCACUUGCAAUUGUAUCAGAUGGGGCUGGUCAAGAUACCAACACUCCAUUGUGGGCUAAUCACAAAAAUGAAGGGAAUGAAAGUUCUGAAGGUAGAGUAGAAAAUCAGAAUGAAAUAGGAUUAUCUGCACCUUCGACUUAUCCAGGCAAAGCUAUAGUGCCUUGUGAUCCUGUUUCAACUGGAGCAAUUAAUGCUGGUGGUGGAACUCCUGAUAAUUCCUGCGGUCUUAGUGGAGAAUGUGAAGAAGGGAGCAGAGCAAUUGAGCCAGAGGAUGAUGAACCCAGAAGCAAAAGAAGGAAAAGUGAGAAUCAAUCCAAUGAAGCUGGCAUACCAGGGGAAGGUGUACAAGAACCCCGCAUUGUGGUGCAAAACUCCACAGAUACCGAAAUUACGACUGAUGGCUUUCGCUGGAGGAAAUAUGGACAGAAAGUUGUCAAGGGAAAUCCAUAUCCCAGAAGUUAUUAUAGAUGUACUAGUCUCAAGUGCAAUGUGCGCAAACAUGUGGAAAGAGCAUCAGAUGAUCCAAGAGCUUUUAUCACCACAUAUGAGGGAAAACAUAACCAUGAAAUGCCAGUCAAGAACACAAAUCCAGUGGCCUCCGAAACGGAUUCACUGCCCCCUAAAAGUAAAGACAAGCGAUGAUGAAUUGACACCAUGGAUUGAAAACUUCAUCAAUCCAUCUUUUGAUCAGUCAGAUAAUGUCUGAUAGAGUUCAGAGUUCAAGGGCAACAGAAGCCAAACGGCUAAAGCAAUCUGCAAUGGUAGAUCAUUUUUCCUGUGAAUCUCAUAAGUUCUUGAUGAAGACAGCUUCUUCUUCUUCUUCUUCUUCUUCUUUUUUUUUUUGGUCUUCUCCUUUUUGUGGGUAAGUAAAAGUUUUAGUCGGUGACAUAAGUUGACACUAAACCUUUUUUUCCUUUGGGAUGAGUUACCAUUUCACCUUUGUCUGACUCAGUUAAGCUUCUUAGUAAUUCUUUAUCUUUUAAUUGUUUCCCACUCCAUAUAAUAAUAAGUAGACUUGUAUAUCCUGUGAUCUGUAUAUGCACUUCAGUUUCUUUUAAUGUUCUAGAGUUCUUAAUUGUUACAACCUCCAUAAUUUUUGGUACUACACAGAAACCAUUUGUACGUUUUUGCUGAUAUAGACCCUAUGUGCUUAUUACACGUGAACGUGUUUAACCUCGAAUUUUCUGAGACAUCUGCUAGUUUUCAUUAUUUGAAUGUAAUGCCAGUUUUCAUCUGCUAGUUUUCAUUAUUUGAGGGAAAACAUAACCAUGAAAUGCCAGUCAAGAACACAAAUCCAGUGGCCUCCGAAACGGAUUCACUGCCCCCUAAAAGUAAAGACAAGCGAUGAUGAAUUGACACCAUGGAUUGAAAACUUCAUCAAUCCAUCUUUUGAUCAGUCAGAUAAUGUCUGAUAGAGUUCAGAGUUCAAGGGCAACAGAAGCCAAACGGCUAAAGCAAUCUGCAAUGGUAGAUCAUUUUUCCUGUGAAUCUCAUAAGUUCUUGAUGAAGACAGCUUCUUCUUCUUCUUCUUCUUCUUCUUUUUUUUUUUUUGGUCUUCUCCUUUUUGUGGGUAAGUAAAAGUUUUAGUCGGUGACAUAAGUUGACACUAAACCUUUUUUUCCUUUGGGAUGAGUUACCAUUUCACCUUUAUCUGACUCAGUUAAGCUUCUUAGUAAUUCUUUAUCUUUUAAUUGUUUCCCACUCCAUAUAAUAAUAAGUAGACUUGUAUA